GGACCCGGAAGUCGGCUCGUGCCCUUCCGGGUCGAGGGGCGCGCGGCAGCGGCGGCGGCUGCGGCGGCCCGGCCUAAUCGAGGCUCUCGGUCUGGUAGCGGCGAGCGCCCGGGAGCGGCCGGCAGGGCUCGAGGUUCCCGGGCCGAACCCCAUGUCCCGCGAUGGAUGAGGACAGCCUGGAUGAGCUGGUGGACCGCAGCCUGGGGCGCAGCGCUGCCCCCGAGGCCAGUGAUGCCGAGGAAAGCAGUGACGGUGCCAGUGGGGGCUCUGAGGACACGGACAGUGAGCUCGGCGACGGCUCCGAUGGCGAGGAGGAGGGGGACCCGGAGGACAGAUCUGGUUCCGAAGAGUCCGAGGACGAUGACAGUGACGAUGACGGGGAGGCGCUGGUGGCGGCCGACCCGCAGGGGCAGCUGGUGGCCAAUGGCGUGGGCGAUUCUGACGACGACGAUGCGGAGAGCUGCCCCAUCUGUCUCAACACGUUCAGGGACCAGGCUGUGGGGACGCCGGAGGGCUGCGCCCAUUACUUCUGCCUGGACUGCAUCCUGGAGUGGGCCAAGAAUGCCAACUCCUGUCCCGUCGACCGGACUCUGUUUAAGUGCAUUUGUAUUCGAGCCCAAUUUGGUGGAAAAGUCCUGAAGAAGGUGCCAGUGGAGAGCGCCCGGGCCCGAGAGGACGAGGACGACCCCACCUUCUGUGAGGUGUGCGGCCGCAGCGACCGCGAGGACCGCCUGCUGCUCUGCGAUGGCUGCGAUGCCGGGUACCACAUGGAGUGCUUGGACCCCCCUCUCCAGGAGGUGCCCGUGGACGAGUGGUUCUGUCCGGGAUGUGCCAGCCCCGGAGCUGCCGGCCUUCCUGCAGACGCGGACCCCGUGUCCGAGGAGGAGGUCUCUCUGCUCUUGGUCGACGUGGUGCCCACCGCCAGCCGGCUGCGGCCUCGUGAGGGGAGGACCCGGGCCAUCGCCAGGACGCGGCAGAGUGAGCGUGUCCGAGCCACUGUGAACCGGAACCGCAUGUCCACUGCCCGGAGCAUCCAGCACGUUCCCAGGUACCUGAUGUCUUCCCUGCUCGACGAGACUAUCGAAGCCGUUGCCUCUGGUCUGAGCACAGCCGUGUAUCAGCGCCCCACAACGCCGCGGGCCCCCGCCAAGCGGAGGAGGAAAGCAAGACGACGGAGGAGAGUGCAGGGCAGGAAGAAGGCCCCGCCCGGCCCAGCCGCAAGGGGCAGGAGCUCGGGGACGAGGCCCAGGAGGCGCCAGGGCCGCGGGAAGAAGAGGAAAGGACAGAAGCUGAAGGCCGCUCAGAGCGAAGUCACAGCUCGUGGGCGCAUCGCACGGACACUGGGCCUCCGGAGGCCGACCCACGGGGCCUGCAUCCCAUCCGUGUGCCGGCCUGCGGACCCCUCCCUGGGGCUGAUGCGCGCCGACAUCGGCGCUGCCUCUCUCUCCGUCUUCGGAGACCCCUACGAGCUGGACCCUUUCGACAGCAGUGAAGAGCCGUCUGCCAGCCCCGCCUCCCCCCUGAGCGCCAAGAGGAGGGUCCUGUCCCGCUCAGCCCUGCGGUCUCACCAGCCGGUGGCCCGGCCGGUCUCCAUGGGGCUCUCCAGGAGGAGCAUUCCCGCCGCGGCACCCGAGCCGGACGUGGACGAGGCCCCAGUCCCCGACCUGCUGGGGAGCAUCCUGUCGGGCCAGAGCCUCCUCCUGAUGGACAGCGCGGACAUCACCAUCCACCGCGACGGCUCGCUCAGCGCCAAGCGGGCAGCCCCGGUUUCUUCCCAGCGGCACUCAGUCGGUCUGUCCCGAGGGGGACAAGGCCCUGGGCCCCGGGACGGCCCCCAGCCCCCAGCACCGAGCUCAGGGCGCCCGGGCAGCCCGGGCUCGGGCAGUCGAGGCAGGUCCGCCCCGUCCCACGUCCCUGCGCUCGCCUCGGGCUCCGAGAGACUGGACUCCUCAGCGACCCCUCGGCCAGGCCAGGCCCAGAGCUCGUCCAACGUGAGCAUUUCUGGCGUCAGACGGCGGGAGGGCCCACACCUCAGAGGCGACAGUGAGGGGCCCGGGGCUCCGGGAUUCACAUCUAGGAUCUCAGACGGUGGCCCUGACGUGCCGGCCACCUGUGUGGUGCCGGGCCAGGCCCCGCGUCCAGCGCCGCGGAGAGCGGACAUCUCCCAGCUCCCCCGGAUACCAAAGAUGCGGAGGGACGGCGGCGGCGGAUGGGCAGACACGGCCCCCGCCCCCGCCCCCGCCCCCGCCGGCGGGCAACGCGGGGAGCUCCCCAGCGCCUGCAUCAGCCGGCUCACAGGCAGGGAGGGCCCGGGACAGCCUGGCCUCGGGGCCCGGGCGGAGGGCUCGCCCCGGGGCAGGGGCCCCCAGGAGCCCAGCGUGCACUCGGGGGGCAGCGCCCAGACCCCUGCCCCGCUGGGGCCCUCGAGGGGGAAGGGCGGCAGCUCGACCUUCGAGAGCUUCCGGAUCAAUAUCCCUGGGAACGCGGCGCACUCCGGCAGGCUCCCCGGCCCCGGCUUCUGCAACACCUUCCGGCCCGUGGACAGCCAGGCGCAGAGGAAAGAGAGCCCCGCCCCCCCCUGCUCCCUCCGGAAGACCAAGCAGCUCAAGAGCGAGAUCUACGACCCCUUCAACCCCACGGGCUCCGACUCCAGCUCCGCCGGCAGCAGCCCCGAGCGCCUGGGCCCCGGCCUCCUGCCCUCGGAGAUCACCCGCACCAUCUCCAUCGGCAGCCCCCGCGCCCCGCCCUCGCAGACCGUGCGCUGCGUCACCUCCUACACGGUGAAGGCGGUCUUCGGGGAGCCCGAGGCCGCCCAGGGGCCUUCCUCCGGCCCGCUCCGGCUGCGGGGCGAGGGGCCGGCCGGCGGCCUGGCCUCACCGGAGCCCUGGGGGGACGAGGACCGGCUGCCGCGCACCGCCUUCUUCGGGUCUGAGGCGCGGAGGGUGACCUGUGUGCCCGAGGAGGGGCCGGCCACGCCGCCGAGCACCCACCGCAUCGUGGAGCUGCGGUCCCCGUCCCCGUCCCCGACCCCGUCCCGCUCCACGUCCAGCUCCCGCGGCAGAGAGACAGACCCGCAGGAGCCGGCCGCCGCCCCCGGGCCCGCGCCCGCCCACGCCUGCUCCGGCGACGGGAGCUCCAGGUCGCUGUCACCGCUGGGGGCUGAGGACCAGGCCAAGAGACCCCCCAAGGCCCGGGCUCGGAGGUCCUCCAGCGACCGCUCCAGCAGCCACGAGCGGGCCAAGCGGAGGAAGGCCAGGGACAGGAGCCGGGAGAGGAGGAGGGAGUCCCGGAGCCGGGGCCGGCGGCGCUCCGGCAGCCCUGGGAGCUCCGAGCACGCGCACCGCCAGAGCAGCAGGAGGCGGCGGCGGUCGGGGUCCAGGUCUCAGGGCAGGGGGUGCUCUCCCCCAAGCAGCAUGGAGAGCGCCCGGCGGCCCCGCCGUCCCAGGGAGAGGAGCCGGGAGCGGCCCCGAGACAGGAGGGGCUCCCGGGAGAGGCGGCGGCACCAGUCCUGGUCGCCCAGCCCGGAGCACCGGUCCCGGGAGCACCGGAGGCCUCGCUCCCGGGAGAAGCGGCCCCGGCCCCGCUCCCGCUCCCGCUCCCCCGGCAGGAGGCUGCCCGCGACGGAGGCUUCCCCCGUGCCCCCUUCCCAGGAGAAGCCGGGGCCGGGCAGGGAGGACGCCGUGGCGGUGGGGCUGCAGGACGCAGCAGGAGCAGACGCGUGGCCGGAAGGGGCUGAGGCCGAGCAGGCCCCCCCGGCGGCGCCCCCCGCCCCAGAAGUGCCGGCGGAAGGUGCCCCCGAGGACCUGGACUACGCGGACUCCGUGGAGGCGGGGCACGUCUUCGACGACUUCGCCAGCGAAGGCCUCACACAGCUGGACGACAUGAGCUCGCCGCCCUCCCCGGAGAGCACGGACUCCUCCUCACCCGAGCGCCAGGUCCUCCCGGCGCCCCCGGCCCGCCCGCAGCCGGACCACAGCCUGGCCGCCAUCAGGAGGGAGGUGUCGCUGAUCCACAGCGAGGACGCCGAGGAGGCCCCGUGCCAGCAGGACCCGGCGCAGGCCGCGGGCCCAGGUGCCCCGGGAGGCCCGGCCGGGGGGGGGGCGCAGCUGGGGAAGGAGAGCCCCUGCCCGACCUCCUUGCUUCGGGCCAAGGCCCCCGUGAAGAGGGUCACCUGGAACCUGCAGGCGGCGGCCGGCGGCGCUCCGGCCGAGGACAGGGCCCUGUGGACCCCACUUCACAGGCCCCAGCAGCCCCAGGAAGAGGCCUGGGAGCCCGGAGACGGGGGCCUUGUGGUGGACUCGCAGCAGGCACCCUGCCCCGAGCCCCCUCCUGCUUACACGCUUCCAGAGCCCAGCUUCCCCCCUGCGGACCCUGCUCAGGUUUAUGGCUCCAGCCUGCCUCCCGCCCUGGCUCUGCCCUCCAGUGCUCCGCCCUACGCUCCGGUCAGCCAGCCCACGGUGCAGUUCAUCCUGCAGGGCAGCCUCCCCCUGGCGGGCUGCGGGGCGGCCCCCAGCCUGGCGCCCGUGCCCACUGUCCUGACCACAGCCUCCGAGCCGGCUGGCCACGACACCACCACCAACAACUCCGAGGAGAGGACAGCCACUCCCCGGCCGGCCCCAGAGAAAGCCAAAAACGAGGAGUACCUGAAGAAGCUGCACAUGCAGGAGCGGGCGGUGGAGGAGGUGAAGCUGGCCAUCAAGCCCUUCUACCAGAAGCGUGAGGUCACCAAGGAGGAGUACAAGGACAUCCUCCGCAAGGCCGUGCAGAAGAUCUGCCACAGCAAGAGCGGGGAGAUCAACCCGGUGAAGGUGGGCAACCUGGUGAAGGCCUACGUGGACAAGUACAGGCACAUGCGCAGGCACCGCAGGCCCGAGGCCCGGGAGCCGGCUGGCGAGGGCUGAGUCCGCCCGGCCCCGCCUGCGUUGGGAGCGGCCGCGGCAGAGCUCGGGGGGCCCCAGCCCUGGCCAGGUUCCGGGGACCACUUGUGGUCUGUGCCCGCCCCGUGCGGUUCAAACUGGACGUUACGUGUACAUUGUAGAUACACCUCAUUGUGUUGUAAUUUAUCAGAAAUGAUUCUCUUUAGAAA